AUGGGGUUGACACAAUCCAUUGGCAUCGACGCACACGUCACCAAGCAAGUCAAAUCUCCAGUCAUACGAAUCAACCUUGCCGAAGAAACUGGCCAGACUCUUUUAUGGCGAAUCUUGCAGAACGACAACAUUGCUGCAGUGCACAUGGGGCCUCCCUGCGGCACUUCAAGCCGAGCCAGAGAGAUCAAACACAAGCGGCGGUACAAUCCGCCACCGUUACAUUCUACAGCUCACCCAGAUGGACUCUGUACACUGACAGGUGCAUCUUUGGAGAAAGUGCGUGCAGCCAACCGACUGUACCUACUCUGCAGCCAGGUCAUGGAGUGGGCCACAGCCAAUGGUAUCAUAGCAUCCAUUGAGAACCCACUUCGCAGCCAUGCUUGGGCCACCUCCUACAUGCAGAAGCACCUAUAUGGCCUUCAACUAUACUCUGUUGAAUUCCAUCACUGCAUGUAUGGGGCAACAAGGCGGAAACGUACCAAAGUACUUUGCAAUCACCAUUGCUUAGCACCACUAGGCCUCGAAUGUGAUGGCAACCACCCACAUGAUGCCUGGGGAGUCACCUCUUCCGGCAGUUGGGCAACUGCAACCGAAGUGGAAUAUCCACAUCAGCUUUGCCAAGCUUGGGCACAAUGUCUUUACAGAUGUUUCCUUUCCCUUGGUGCCAUUGAGUCGCCUCAAGAACUCGUUCCCAACAGCGACAUCUCUUUGGUGCAGGCUAGCAAAGUGGCAACUGGCACACAACCUCGUGGCAAGAAGCUCAAACCCCUCAUGAGGGAGUAUGAUUAUUUCCUAACCAUACAAGGGCCCCAGUGCGUCCUAACCGAGCUUCCUACUAAGUGCAACAGUGAUACUCCAGUUCCCACUACUUGCACAACGUCGCCACACAGCUCCUACAUUCCUGCUCAAGCCAAACGCAUCAAACUUCCUUACCAAGUGGGGGAGAAAGCGGAAUUUGACAGAUGGGAGACAGUCUAUGGAAUUGCGUGGACACCACAAGCAUUCAUUGCAAGAGCGGCAGGCCGAUCACACCCAGGCCAUUUCCUCGACGGUGUACACCCAGUACUCAAGAGCAUGUUUUACAGUGGAGCCAACAAAUCACUUUCUUGCAGGGCGAAAGAACGAUCUGAACAGAUGAGGAAAUGGAUAACCAGAGCGUCUGAACUGGCUAGAGGCGUAGAAGAUGGCAAAGGUGACUCGCCCUGCCAUGCCAAGGCCAUCUUAGCCAAGAAAAACUUGAAACUGUUUGAGGAGAUGAUCAGUGCCUCUGGAUCUCCAGACAUUGGACUGGCCAAGGACGUUGCCCGAGGCUUCAACUUGAUGGGAGACAUACCAACCGGGUCAAUCUACCCAGACAGGCCCUCGUACGCCACCCUCUUGCCAGAACAAGUUAGGCGCAUGGCUGAUGUUGCCAGACCGGCAAUUUGGGAGGCGGCCAAAAAGAUCAUGGAUCCAGAAGUCGCCGUUGAAGUGCACCGCAUCACCCUCGAGGAAAGAGACAAGGGCUGGCUGCGGGGCCCGUUUGCACCCCAGGAUCUCCCCAAGGAGGCAAUCUUGACCAGGAGGUUUGGAGUGAAGCAGUCAUCCACCUUAUCAGACGGAAGUCGCACAAUGAAGGUGAGACCGAUUGAUGAUUUUUCAGAGAGUUUGGUCAAUUCAACAAACUCUUGUGCUGAAUCGAUCCAACCAAUGGCUGUGGAUUCCAUCCUUGCAACAAUGGUAUACAGAGAUCGUUCCUGGGGCCACGAGAAGCUCACUGGAAAGACGAUUGAUUUGCGAAAGGCUUACAAAAAUCUUCCACUGGCUACAGAAGCCCUGGGAGACGCGUACUUGUGCGUCAUGAACCCCGAGACGGGCGAACCUGAAGCCUUCCAAACCCUAGUGCUUCCAUUCGGAGCAAGGGCGGCGGUCAUGGGUUUCUGCAGGACGUCAUAUGCCCUCUGGCGCAUUGGUGUCAGCCUUUUUGGGCUUCACUGGACUGUCUUCUUUGACGACUACUUCUUGGUGGCAUCAGAGCUUGAAGAGCGUCAUGUUGACAUGGCUCAACGUCUGUUGUUCCAGAUUUUGGGAUGGGAGACGUCGUCAGAAAAGGAGGCCGAGUUCAGGUCAAUAUCCAAGAUCUUGGGCGUACAGAUCGACUUGUCAGAUUCCAAAGCCGGUCUCUUUUCAGUGUGCAAUGUGGCGGCCAGAGCAGCAGAGUUGACUCAGACCAUUGACUCCAUCCUUGAGAGAGGCCAACUGACCUCAGCUGAGAUGAGAGUGCGCCGUGGUCGUUUAAUCUUUGCGGAGAGCCAAAUAUUUGGACGCCUGUCGGGGCUGCACAUGCAAAACCUCAGCCGGUGGGAACACGCUGUCGGCGCUGCGCCAAUCGAUGCUGGACUCAAAGUGAGCCUGAUGUUUCUUAGAGACAGAGUUGUGAGGGGAGAGCCUCGCACGGUGGAUUCUGGGAUUGGCAAAGUUUUCCAUCUCUAUACUGACGCCUGCUAUGAAAAUGGCCAAGGAGGCCUUGGUGGCGUUCUCUACAAUGAACUUGGAGAAAUGCUUUCAUACUUUUCUGCCCAUGUGACAGAAGCCCAAGCCGCUCGGUUGAAUCCCCUGGGAAAGGAUACCAUCAUUUUUGAACUUGAAGCCUUGGCAGCAUUGACUGGAACCACACUCCUACUGCACUCAGCAGCGAUCAGCCCCGCAGACAGGAUAGUGGUCUUCUUGGACAAUGAUGGUGUCCUGGGUAGAAUCAUCUCUGGAAGGAGUGGACUUGGCCUUGAUGGGCAGAUAAUUCAAGGCAUCUUGGAAUGGGAACAAUCCCUUCGAUCAGUUGUUUGGUAUGAAAGAGUUCCAUCAGCAGCCAACAUUGCAGACCUCCCGUCAAGGGAGAUUCUUGAUGGGUUCGAUGUGAACCUUCAGAUUGACAUCGAUGUCGAUGCUACACAAUUAUUGGAGCCCAUUCUUGCCAUUGACCGGAUUCAACAACAAAUGGAACAAUGCCUGUACGAACUUGAUGGCCUUGAGGACGACCUCCGUGAUCUCAACAUCUAUGGAGUGCCUCCCAUGUUGCGUACUCUCACCAAUCAAUUGCGGCUGGUCAUCACCCAAGUCAAGAUCCAUAAGCUGCGCCUGUUGUGCCAGCUACAGCGCUCCAUCUACCUCCAGUGGCGCCACCAUCAGUGCUUCCCGUGGCGAGCGAAAUCCCCAACGUGUCAAAAAGACUGCUGCGCUUUGACAGCGAAAAGAGCUGCAAUCAGAGGGAGUUGGACACAUGUGAGGCAGAGGCGAAAACAAUCGAACCAGGCGCAGCACCGCGUCGCCGCCGAGUCGCAGAGGGAUUUGGAACGGCGUUUGGAACGCCAGGCGUGCACAGGGCCGCCGGUGGCGGGGGACACCCCGAUGCUUUCGCCCGAGUUGGUUGAGGAUGAGAGAACUUCCAACAUGUCCAAAAUUUCACGCCAGCGCCUUUUCCGUAGCGCAAGUUCUGUGUGGAUCCGAAGGCUGACCUCCAUGUUGCCCAACGAUGCCUUCAACAGGGAGGUGUCUGACCCGGGCCAUUGCGCGCCAUGGUCGGCGGCCGGCGGAAUCAGCCACGUCCCCAUCCGGCGGCCGGCGGAAUCAGCCAAAACUACCGGCCGGCGGACGGCGGAAUCAGCCAGAAACCUGUCCGGCGGCCGGCGGAAAACAGCUGCGCCCCCAAGAUGCCCCACCUCUAAAGCAAGCUGCAUCUAUCAGUUUUGCAGAAGAUGUGCACGUACUACACAGAAGACAGAUCACUGGGCGACGAAGUCAAGCAAUUUGGUCCUGGAACCUGGUUUCGGUUUCACUGGCCCACUUUGCUGGAGGGAAGAUCGGCCAAGACAGCCUGAGCUGCAACUGCAGUUGGAUGCAGAUGUCGCGAAAGGAUCCAUCAUCGCUCUGUUCAUUGGCCAGUUUGUUACCACCACCAACCUGGAUCCGUUAACGGCCAUCCUCUUCGGACAGUUGGCUCGAAAGGUGGCCCGCCUGCAAACGGGUGAGAGUCAGGAGACGAUCCUAAGCAACGUGAUGCUUUUGAUGCCCUUCAUCUCCUUGUGCUUGGGCCUUGCGCUGUACGUUGUUGGCAAGUUGAAGCUUGCCAUGAUGCUCCGAUUCAUACCCUACACCGUGGUUGCGGGCUUCUUGGCGGGCAGUGGCAUCCUGAUCCUUCAGCUGGGCUCAGCUCCUUUGCUUCAAGAGUAUUGGGCUUCGGAUGUGCCACAAAAAGAGAUGGGAAAUGAUGCAAAGGAUGAGGAAGGCUUGCUGAAGAUGGGAGAGCAUGGGACAGCAGCCACCAACGAAGACAAUGACGCCAACGGAAAGAACAUGGGAAUCGGACAAGGCCUGUGCCUGUGUAUGUCGUAUGACAGCUCCCAAGCUGAGGAGCGUGUUCGGGAUGGUUUCCACCAAAGCUACGAAAAGACCGCUGUUGCAGAUUUGGAAUUCAUGGGUGGCUUUGUAGUCAUAAUGACUGUCUCUUGGAGCAUCAACACCCUGGCUGUGGCAAAAUUGGUUCCCCUACGGCCUGGCCUGGAACGCUGUGAUGAACAGGAUGAGAUACGAAGCCUCGGUGUGACCAACGUCCUACUAGGAUCCUGUGGCGGACUUUGCUCUAUGCAGUCCUUCAAGAUCCCCAUGAUCAUGCGCAGCGUCAGGUCCGGGCCAAAUUGGCCGUACUUCAACGUGGUGAUGAACGUUUUGCUGUUCCUUUGCUCGCCGCGGAGCAUUGUACAGACUGUCCCCCGAUUUCUUUUUGCAGGCACUGUGGUACGGCUCGCCUGCGACCUCAUCAAUGAGUGGUUGUUGGAUGCACGCCGCCGCGUAUCUGCUGAGGAGUGGCUUGUUCUGCUGGCAACUGCCCUUGCAGUAGUCAUCAACGUUACUCUCGGAAUUCUUUUUGGACUGUUUUGCACGCUUGCAUGGUUUGCGUUCGAAUACAUGAACGUCACUGGCAUUGCUCACGAGAGCACCUUGAGUGAGAGUCGAUCCAGGGUCGAGCGCUCCGAAGCGGAGCACGCCCUUCUGAAAAAACACGGCGGAUCUACGCUGAUUCUUUGGCUGAACGGCUACUUUUUCUUCGGCUUGGCCUGCCAGGUCAUUGACCAGAUCCGAGAGAAGAUCAAAAGUAGCGAGGCCUCUGUGGUGAUUUUAGAUUUCACUUCUGUUCCUGCCAUUGAUGCCAGUGGCGUUUGUGCCUUGGCCGAGCUGACGCAGGAGCUACGAGAUCGUCGCAAGGUUCGGUGCAUUUUCUCUGGCAUGGCCCGGCGCUUGAAGAAGUCCUUGGAGGGCGCAGCACAGCACCAACAGGCGCAUUUAUUCCUGGACAUGUUCCCCGACCUAGACAAGGCCGUGGAGUUUUGCGAGGUGGGGAUUCUAAAAGGCCUCCCAAUGCAAAAGAGGCCUUCUUUUGGAAAACGAAUCUCAAAGAUUGAUUCGUUGAAUUGCAUCUCUGAAGUGGCGCCGUUCUUGAUGGAGCGCGGUAACGAGCCUGAUGGCGGGAUUUGGCACCACCUUCUGCAAAAUGAGCUAGACUACUUGGAUCCAGAUAUGGUCACGGUGAACAUUCUUCGUGAUCUGUCUGGGGAAGCUCAUGAAAAGGAAGACGGUGAGGUGCUCUUCCGCCACGGCUCAGCUGCCAGAGAGUUGAUCGUGAUCCUCGAUGGCGCAGUGGAUGUCACACAUCCCAGUGGUCCCGGAGCAAAUUCCCCUCACCGACGCGCAACUGUGAAGGGCUCUGACAUAACAGAGGUGCCAGAAACACGUGCACGGCGCGCGCGGGUUGGAGCAGUCUUUGGGGCUGUGGAAUAUGCUAGUGGUAGCUUCGACAGAGAUCAAAAUGUCUAUGUGGGAGCCAACCUCUCGUGUACCGGAAAGGCCGUAGGCGCUUUGGAGGUGCUCAUCAUCGAUUUUAAUGACUUGUGGCAAGCGGAAGUGAAGGAGCCCAGGCUGGCCAUCGUCCUCAGGACCUGGCUGUCUCGGUUGGCAUCCGUAGCCUUGAUGGCGUCACUGCAACAAGAUCCGCUCAGCCACCUUCACUGCAGAGAAAUGCGGCAACAGGCCACCCACUUUGCAGUCGUUUAGCUUUCAUGUUCUCUGAUUUACCGGAGUGAGGGAGCUGUGUAUAUCGGUCAAGUUGAAGCUCCUUGCUCUUGUGUAUAUCCUGGAAAUCUUUUAGGAAUCCUUGAGAGAAUUCCCGUUUGUUUGAACUGUUUUCUGUUCAUUGACAGACCAAUAGGACAGCCUUUUUGGCGCAUGCCAAAAA